AUGGCACACGCCGCCGUAAACUACACGGGACUGGGCCGAUGGUUUCGACAGCCUCCUCCACAGCCAAAUAUGCCUGCGCCCCUCGAAAAUCUGUCCACAAAUUUGUCAAACUCGUUCUACAGGCUGCCGGGCCAGGAGGUGGAGGUUCAAUGCUGGCAUGAGCAGUCGGAAUGGGGCCAGACUGAAAAGGUGGCCUCAUGGACGCCACACCUCUAUAUCAUCUUCAACCAGGCCCAAAAGCCGCGCUGGGCGAAGUUCACGGUCCAGGUCCGACCACAAGCAGCCCCUGCUGACCCGACGGCUGAUUUCCCACCGCCCAGAUUGACUAGCCACUACAUCUUUCCCAGCCAGCUGCUCGGCGGUGUUCGGCGGGUCGACACCAGAAACCAAGGAGGCACCCUUAAUCCCUCCGCCGCAGGUGUAUCAGUACUCGGCCUGACCUUGGCGGACACCCACACAUACGGCAAUGCCAUUAAAGCGAGGUGGGAGGUCGAGGGGGAUACGGGCCAAUGCGACGAUUCCUUCAGCCACCGGCAGGCACAGUGGCGGCUGAAGGCUGCCAAACCAUGGCAGGAAAUCCCCAAAAAGCUGCGAAUGGGCCUCAUUGUAACGCACGAAGACAUCUUUCCCUUUCGGUUCGCAGUCAAGAUCGAAGGGGCUCUUCAUACCUGGUUGCUCGGGGAUUACUGUUUCUCGGCGCAGUCGCAGGACUUUGUCGUGAACGGUGGCAACCCCCCGGAUGGCUAUACUGUCGACAAUUUCAAGCAGUGGGAAGAGAAGAUGAAGGACUGGACGCCUGUACUUGGGUUAGAGAUUGUCGAGUUACCUCGUAUGUAG